UUAAGAAUGUCUAUUGCUGAUCUUCUUACUCCAUACAAGUCACAGGUUGGAGAGAUUGCAACUGAAAUUGAUAACUAUUCACUUUCAGUAAAUGAAUUAGAAGUACGACAUGAUCCAGACUUUAAGGCAACCGAAACAACUAAAACCAUCAAAAACGAUGACCAAGAAGAGGUAAACGUUAAGAGCCUAUCAUUAGCUCAAUUGAAUGCAAAGGCAAAGGGACUUGACCUGAAUUUGAAUCUGCUCAAUAAACUUUGGCUCAUCCGUGGUUUAUUGAAAGAAAUUGAAUUAACUUUAAGUCCCCCAGGAUCAGCAAUUGAUUAUCUUUGUGGUAGUAGUGAAUUGGAAUCUGUUUUCUUCAAUUUAGAAAAGCUUGAAUUGAAACUUUCACAAUUUAGAGAGUCAUACCCUUCAGCUCUAAUCGUUGAUACUUUGUAUCAACAUCAUGCAAAGCUUUAUAAUGAAGGUAUACAGCAAAUUGAAAGCCUUUUCCAUUUAUUUUUCCCUAAUUCACAAACUUUUGUUAACCCAAUCAUUGUUAAUGGAUUUGAAUUUGAAUAUAAUGGUGAAUUUGUGGGUGUGUUUAAGAAUUAUUCUAACCUUGAUACCACAAACCAAUCAGUUAUAUCCAAUUUGAUUCAUACAAAGCAAUUCGUAUGGGAUAAAGAAUUAUUGGAUCCCUUUUUAAUAAAUAAUAAAUCUCAAUUGGAAUUAGUACAGGAUAUAAAAGAGACAAGCGAAGGUACUAGUUACAUUUAUAAAUUGACUCCAAGUUCAAGUUCAAUCUCUUCUAAAGAUUUCUUUGAUUUGCUGUAUUUUGAUUCACUUACAAACUUUAUUAGAUUUAUUAAUUUGUUUCAAGAUCAAUCUUUACAAAACUUUUAUCUGUCCAAGAUAUCCAGAAAUUUAACUGAGAUAGUAUCCAAGAAUAUUAAUAAAUUAAUUGCUGGGGGUGACUUGGUUCAUAGAUUAAUGGAUCUUAUUGAUCUUUCAAAGAGAACAAACUGGUCUCUUUCCAUUGCUUCAUCAUUAAAUUCAAAGGAUGACUCUAAUACUUUAGCUGAUCGCUUAAACGAUUUAUAUUUGGAUUGGCUACUUGAUAAUAAGAUUGAAGAAAUUCGAAAAUUCUUUGGAGAUGAAGAGAAUGUCAAACAAUUAUUUAGUAAUGUGAAAGACAUUGAAUAUGAGAAUAAAGAUCAGAAUGACACAGAAAAAGUAAACCAUACUGAAAAUGAAGAAGUUGCAGAUUGGAAUGAUGAUUGGGACAAUGAUGCCUGGAACGAAGAAAUAGAUUUGGACCUCAAUGAUGAUAUCGAAGAAGAUAUAUUAAACGAAGAUUGGGGGUUCAGUGAUGAAGAAGAGGAACAACAACAACAUCAACUGAAAAAGGAAUUCAAUGCCAAAAGUCCAAUGAAAAAGAGGAAAUCUGUUCAAUCAUUAAAGAAAUCAGUCACAUCACCAAUUAAUAGUUUCAAAACUACUUCUGUUCCUCAACUUCUUGUUAAAAUUAUAGAUGAAUUCAUUCAAGAAGGGAAAUUGAAAGAUGAAAUUAAAACCAUGCAAAGCGUACCACUUCUUCUCACCACUACCAUUUCAUUUUCAAUCCUCACUUAUCCUUCAUUGGAAAGAUCGUUUAUGUUAUUCAAUGAUGUAUCAUACCUUCAUCAAUUGCUACUUCCAAUAGUCCCAGAGGAAUAUUUAUCUGAACUUUCCGAGUUUACUUCAACUAGUUGGAAGAAAUUGAUAUUUGAUCUUUUACCAACAAUUGCAACUAUAACCAAUUCAAUCAAUUUGAAACAUGAUGAUUAUAUUGCAAAAGAGAUGGAUGAAUAUUCAUUUGAGCUCGAUCAAGAAACAAUAAUUCAAUUAGAUUCAAUUCAAAGUUGGUUUGAUAAAUUACUUGAAUCAUCGAACUUGGGAGUGGAAAAUUCUCAAAAAUUCAAAUCACUUGUUGUGUAUUUCAUAAAUUAUGUUAAUAAUUGGAUUAUAGAUAAUAUUACCUCAAUGGAAGAAAUCACUGAAUAUCAAUCUACCAAAUUAUCUAAGAUUAUCGAGUCAUUACAAAAUAUUUGUAUACCAAUUGCAAUUUCAAGUGUUGAUAAAGGUGCUAAUCAAUCGAUUAAAAGUUUCCACAAACUUGAGAAUACAUUAUACUUGAUUACAAAUCACCUUAAGGAUAUUAUGGAAAGAUUUUAUUCAGGAGAGUUCUAUGACUAUAAUACCAAUGAAUUGAUCUCAAUCAUUAGGAGUACAUUUGUUCAAAGUGAAUUAAGAGAAGGAUAUAUACAAGAAAUACUUGACAUUCGGAAUGUUGAUAACGAAUAA